AUGGACAACAACACUUGCGACAACAACCAACUCAUCAUUAAUGAACCCCCAAGAUUCGGAUUGGAAUCAAGACCAAAGGCUGGAAAGGAUGUCAACACCAGGAAGUUGAAGGAACAGAUAAAAAUCAAACAACAGGUCAUCAACGAGAAGGCGAGAAAGGAAGAAGAGAAGAGACUUAAGAAGCAACCUGUCAAGGAAGAGAAGAAACAACCUGUACCAACGACCGCCACGGCCAAGGCUACGCUUCUCCAUGCCAAACCAUCCCUUGUCUAUGGCAAUGACAUUGACCGUGCUGCCUUCACUCCCCAGAGCCAGGACUUUGAUGAGAAUGAGGAUGCCAACGCUGAGGAGAUCUUCUCCUGUAAGCAGACCAAGAAUGGAUUCCAAGAUGAUGUCCUCCUCUCCUUUAACCCACAGGAGAGAUUCGAGAUCCAAAUGGCCAUCGAAGAGUCAAUCAAGGACAUUGUCCAGUCCACCGCUCCAGUGGACAAGGUGGUCCAAGAGAUGGAGGAGGACUUUGUCUUUUGCGAAGAGCCAAGUGAACAGUCGGUCAUCCACCACAAGAACAGCGAGCUCAACUCUACCGAUAUCGAAUGUUGGGAGUUGGUCGAUGAAUCAUCGUCAAACUUGGUGAAUCUCAUCACUACUCCCUACUUCCGCCUUGACAGGGAAUUCCCUUCCUUGCUCCCCUCUAAUGCUCAUCUGUACAGAAUCAAUGACACCAACCCAUGGAACAGAAGCAAGAUGUUGAUUGACGCUAUCUCUCAACAGUCUUGA